AUGAAUAAACAAAAAUAAACAAUAAUACCUUCUGAUUGGAUUAACUAGAUUAAAUCAGCCUUAGAUCCCCUUGCUCAUUCCUAAACAUAUAUCAAGCAUUUGAGAGAUGGUAUGUAAUAAUAAUAAUUACUUUGAAUUAAGAAUACUUUAAUCACAUAAUAAAACCUUGAAAAUUAGAUUAGGGGUAUAUCAAGCAGAAAAAAUAACAAAUUCUUAAAUAUCUAAAUAUAUAGAACCAAAUUAAGCUAAAGAUAAAAAAUCAUAUGAUAUUACCAACCCAAAUAAAAAUUAACAGUAAGUUAUAAUAUUAUAAACAAAUAAAGAACAAAUUAAGGAAAUUUAAUAGAGGAUAAUUUGAACAUAUAAAUAGAAUAAAUUCAGGAAUUAUUAGAAUUGAUAAAUUAAUUGAAAAAAUAAAAUAUAGAGUUGCAUGAAUAACUAAAAUAGAAAAUUUCAAAUACAAAAUAGACUUCAAUUGUAAUACCUCAUAAAUUUGAAGGACAUGAUUAUGUUGGUGAUUAGUUAUUGAUAGGUAAAUCUACAUUACAUGGUGUUAAGAAAAUAUCUAAUGAACCUUAUCAUAAAUCUUCUUUGAAUUAAUAAAGUUCAUAAAAAGAUCGGUAUAAAGAAAAUUGAGUAAUUUAGAUAAAUUUAAAAUUUGAUAAAUGAAAAAAAGCAUUUAGAAUAAGAGAUAAUCCAUCUGAAAGAAACAGGAAAGAUUAGAAAGCCUAAAUUAGAAGGAUAGGAUUUAGAAAGCAUUAUAAAGAGAUAUGAGAAAAAUAAAACAAUGUUUUCUGCUUAAUAACAAUUCAACAAAUAAUUAAAAUAAUAGGAAGACUUAAAAGACUAGUAUAUGUAAGCACUAAUAGAGGAAACUUAUUUAUUGCAUUAGCAAUUAAGAUUGAUGACAUAAUAAAAGUCUUGA